AUGGUAAUGGUAAUUAUCAUCAACAACAUGAAUCAACAUCAUCGAACGCUGAUCAUCAAAUGAUCGGUGGUAACCGGCAACAACAACAAUGUUAUCGACAUAUAAUAUCAAUCGAUUCAUUGGUGAUUAAUAAAGAAUUGGGUAUCGGUGAAUUUGGUGUUGUACAACAAGGUGUUUGGACCAAUAAAGAUGGACAACGUAUCCAGGUGGCCAUCAAAUGUUUAUCAGCUGUACGAUUAGAAAAUUCACGGUUAGAAUUUCUAAAAGAAGCAUCCAUAAUGCAUUCAAUAUCAAAUGAACAUAUUGUACAAUUAUAUGGUGUUGUAUUGGAACCAUCGGUUAUGUUGAUUACCGAAUUAGCACCAUUACGUUCACUAUUAGAAUGUUUAAAAGAAUCAACAUUAAUAACACAUUUUCCAUUAAUAUCAUUAUGUUUAUUUGCACAACAAAUUGCCGAUGGUAUGGCAUAUUUGGAAUCGAAACGCCUGAUUCAUCGUGAUCUUGCUGCACGUAAUAUUUUAGUUUUUAAUAAAACUAAAAUAAAAAUAUCCGAUUUUGGUUUAUCACGUGCAUUAGGUGUUGGUAAAGAUUAUUAUCAAAGUAAUUUUAAUGUUAAUCUUAAACUACCGAUUGCAUGGUGUGCACCUGAAUGUAUAAAUUAUUUAAAAUUUACAUCACAAUCUGAUGUUUGGGCAUAUGGUGUUACAUUAUGGGAAAUAUUUUCAUUUGGUUUUCAACCAUGGGCAGCAUUAACUGGACAACAAAUAUUGGAAGCAAUUGAUAUACCAAAUUAUCAACGUUUAGAACGGCCAGAAUGUUGUCCAAAUGAAUAUUAUCAAUUAAUGUUGAAUUGUUGGAAACAUGAACCAAAUUUACGGCCAAAAUUUUCCGAAAUCAUAAAUCUUUUACCAGAUUGUAAACCAGAAUUAUUACAAGCUAUAAAAAAUUCUGAUAAUCCGAUGUGUAAAUCUGAUUAUCUUUCAUAUAAAUCUGGUGAUAUUGUCACUGUUAUUGAUAAAGAUAAUGAUAAUGAUAAUAUGGAUCAAGCUACAAGCAACAACAAUGGUAUAAUGUUAUGGAAAGCAGUUACAAAUGAACGUAAAACUGGUCUAAUAAAUCCAAGUGAUUUUGUUGCUUAUCUGGGACAAAAUUUACCAUCAUCUUCAUCAUCAACUAAUCAUAAUCAACAAAAUAGUCAUCAAUCAUCAUCAUCAAGUUCAUCAUUUGUUCAAUCAUUACUUUCUGGUGGUAACGGUAGUAAUGGUGGAUCGGGAAAUACUAAUGGUAACCAUCACCAAAAUCAUCAUUCGAAUCAUCAUCAUUCACAUUCACAUUCAGCAUCAUCAAUAGCAUCGACUGUAUUACAACAUUCAUCAAAAUUUUUACGUGGAUUUUUAGAAUCAACUAAGAAUCAUCAUUCAAAUAAUAACCAUGGUGGUGGUGGUUUAUAUAGCCAUUCACCACAUGGACAAAGAAAACAUCAUCAUAAUCAUCAUCAACAGCAUCAACGUCUUUGUCCAGAAAUGAUUUCAAGACCACAAGGUGAUCUUAAACAUACUGGUCAUGUUGGUGCUGAUGGUAUUUUUUUCGGUGAUGUUUCAUUUCUUGAUGGUAAAUAUCAUCAUGUACAACAACAACAACCAUCAUCAAAAUCGAAUGGAAUAUUGAAUAAUAAUGAUGUAAUGGAUUCGAAGUUGUCAAAAUCAAAUCAACGUAAAUUGACUAUAUCAGGUCCAAUACAGAAUUUUCAAUCAAAAAAUCGAAAAUCAUCAAUCGAUUCAAAAGCAAUAUAUUCAAAUUCAUCACAUGAAUAUCAUGAAAUAAGCGAUAAUGAUAAUAAUGGUGAUGAUAAUGAUGAUGAUGAUGAUGAUGAUUUGGGUGCAUUGGAAAGUCCACCAUUUGAGAUUCUGGAUUUUGGUCCAUCAUUAAUGGAAGAAGUAUUCCGUGAAUUAGAUCAUAUAAAACCAGAUUUAAAUAAUGAUGCUGGUGAUUGUGAAACAGCUAUCAAUGAAAAUAGUAUUAAUGUUAAAAAUGAAGUUCGUGAAUUGAAUUUAAAAAUGUGUAAAGAAUCAAAUCAAAUGAAAAAAAAUAAAUCGAAUGUAAAACCAAUAUCCGAAGCAGAACAAAAUGAAUUAGAUUCAGCAAUUGCAAUGGCAAAAGAUAUUGCUAAUCGUACAAUGAUGGAAGAUGAUUUAGAUUUGACUAAAAAUGAUUCACCAAAAACACCAAAUUCACCGAAUAAACAACGGAAAUUUUCAUUUAAAUUUCCAGUUACUGGUCAUCAUCAUCAUCAUCGUUCACCAAAAAAUGAACGUCGUACAUUUAGUGAAGAAACAGAAUCAAUUGGAAAUAUAAUUGAAAGUAUUACACCGGCUGCUAAAGAAGCAUAUAUGUCAUUGGUUGAUAAAGGUGUUGGUUGUUCGGUUAAUAAUGUACCAUCACUACCUCAAACGACAACGACGAACAAAGAAUCGACAACCAUAGAUCAAACAUCAAAUUCAACAAUGUUUAAUGUUGAUCAUCAAAAUGAUCAGAAUGAUGGUGAUGAUCCAAGUAAUGAAAAUAAUCCAUUACGAAUGUUACGUACAGCCGGAAUCGGUAAUGUAUUACGGCCAAAAAUACGUGGUAAUCGAUCAUUUUCACAGCCACGUUUACCAACAACAGCACAGACAGCCGGUUUAGCAAGAGUUGCAUCAUCAAGAUUACCAUUGGAAAAUUCAAAUAAUAUUGGUGGUGAAAUGCUACCAAUAAUGAUACAGCAACAACAAAAUCCAAAUGCAUUACCAUUACCACCAAGAGAUCGUAAUCGACCUUUGAUACAAUUGAAAACACAUCAACGUCGUCAUCCAUUAAUAAUACCGGCUGAAUUAUCAGAUAAAUUAAAUAAUGGUAACUAUCAAAAUCAUAUGAUUACUGGUGUUGGUGAUAAUGUUGAUGGUAAUUAUCAUCAUCAACAACAACAACCAUAUGAAUUAUCAUCAUCGGGUCAUAGACAUCAUCAUCAUGUUCCUGUAUUAAAACAAGUAUCAUGUCCACAAGUACCAGCUACAUUUUUAUCAAAAACAAAUCAACAUCAUUUUAGUAAAAGUUUUGAUGCUGUUGAAAUAGAUGAUGAUUGUAAUAAAUCAUCAACAACAACAAUGCCACAGCCGCCACCAAAACCACCGACAAGAAGAUAUUUAUCGGAUGAUUUAACCGAAUCAUUGGAAAGUGAAAUACAAAAAGCAUUUGAUAAUAUUAAAUUGGCUUGUUCGUCAUCAUCAUCAUCGUCGUAUUUACCACCAUCGACAACGAUUAUAUCAUCUUCUUCAUCGUCGUCGACAAACACUAUACCUCAACAACAACAACAAUCGAAAAAUGUAAAUCAGGAAAACAAAUCUGAACAGCAACAACCAAUGAAAUUAUCAUCAGUUUCAACAUUUACGAAUGGUAUUGUUGGUAGUACCGGUCAGAUUAAAGAUUCGAAUCCAGUACAAAAUGUUGUUGUUGUUGAUAAUGUUGUUGCUGAUGUUAAACCAACCAAUCAAACGAUAAAUGUUAUUAGUCAAUCGACAAUGUCGAAACCAUCACCACCACCACCAUCAACCACAUUAUCAUCAUCAUCAUCAUCAAUGGAAAAGUCAUUAAAAAGUCAAAGUUCAUUGAAAUUAUCGAAUCCACCAACACAACCACCUCCACCUAUACCAAGACAUCGAAAUAUUGAUAGUGAUGAAGUUCGUGUUAUGCAAAAAGUUCUUUCAAAUGAGAUAAAUUUAACUGCCGAAGAAUGUGCUAAAAUUCUCGAUUCAACCGAUUGGGAUAUACAUAAAGCUAUCAAAUGUAUUCGAUUACGACAACAAUUACGAAGCCAUAAUAUUAAUGUUGAUUGUGAUUGGUCAAAAAUGUUAACAAAAUUUAAUUGGAAUAUACGACAAGCAUCAAAUUAUUUGAUUGCAACACAAGGUGUUCCUGAAGAUACGACCGAAGUUUAGCGUUUUUUUUUGUUGUUUACUUUUCCUAAACAAACGCAACAACAACAACCAUACAUUACAUACUACAAGUUUUCGCUAGCCAAAAAAUCCAUGUGUGGUAGCUUUUCUUUCAAAACGAGAAUUCACAAAACGAAAAAAUAAUAAUCAAAAAAAA